CUGUCACAUUCUCAAUCGACUUUUGACCUAAACAAACGAAACCCUAAACUGAAACGACGUGAAAACCUCAAUAAAAGCCCGUUUAUUCAGAAAAUGGAUGGAAGUUCACCUUCCCCGAUUACCUCUGAAGGUUUUCCUGAGGAAACCGACCCGAUUGUCAUGAAAGAAAAGGCUUUCAUCGCAGAAAUCGCAUCGGGGAAAUACAACAACAAUAACAACAAUUUCAAGAAUGGCUACAUGCCAAUGGAAGAUAUCAAACCAGGGAUGAGAGGAAGAAAAACCAUUGCAUUUUGGACACUUCUGAUACUACUGUUCAUUCUUGUUAUUGGAAACUUGAUACUCACCGUAACCAUUAUUGGAGUUCUGAGACUAGGAAAAGGCAUGCAAAGCAUGGAAUUGGUGCCCGAAGAAGAAACCAUCAAAUUCUUCGGCGACGCCAACCUAGACCACAUCUACAAGAGAGACGGCAAAGUGGAGGGCUUCAAAGACCAACCCCUAGAAAUAACCGCCGACGACAGCCCCUUGUAUCUCAGCAUAGUCCGAGACAGCAGAGCCGUCCGCAAAGUCAAAAUCGACCCCAGCGAAAUAGUUUUCCGCGGCCUCAAUACCUUCGAAGUCCUAAACGAACAAAAAGAGUCCGUUUUCACUAUCACCGACCCGGUAUACCAUUCUCUGAAGAACGCCCAUAACCUCAAAACGAACAACAUUGAGACGACGGGCAUUCGCAGUCCUUUGGACCACGAUUUGCAGAUAGAGGGAGACACUGUGAGCCUCAAAGGGGCUGAAGGUACUGAAAUAAACGCCAAGGACCUUCUUUGGAAUGUGGACCAAGACAUUUUUCUGAAAAGCAUCAACGGCUCGAUAGUUUUGAUUAGCCAAGAUGGGGUUUUCAUUGAUAUCGCUAGGAUUCCUAUAGCUAAGCUGAACCAUAAUUAUGUCACUUCGCAGUUCAAAGUUUGUGUUUGCAUGCCAGAAGGUAAAUUAUUCAGAAUUCCUGUUGCUAAUACUAGAGAAAGGGUCUACUGUGACCAUGUGGAUCUAUCACCACAGUACAAUCCUUGUAUAUAAUUUUUGGAAAUUGUGUAACUAAUGAAAAAAUUACUUAUCUGUGUUUGGAACGUGAAAUCUAGAAGUCCUAAUUGGACAAAAUCAUGACUGAGUUGAAUAAGGUAGGCAUGUUGAUUUAAAUUUUGCAUAACCGGUGGCUUUUGAGUCAUUUGUUUCUAUCUCUGUUAUUGCUAGGCUAUAUAGAGCGAGAUAGACACAAAUAGGACUUAUUUGUCCCUGUCAAACCAACAUUUAAAUUGAAGAUACUGUAUAUUUGAAACUAUAUACAUAUAGUCAGAUGUUUAGAUCAAUCAUAUUAGAACAUGUAGAAAUGAUAUGUAUAACUUCAAGAUUACUUGAUAUAAUGUAUUUAGAUGACAAUAAAAUUUUAUCAAACGUUGAUAAAGUUUCCCCUUUAUUUUUCCAUGCCCUGCAAUUUCUUACCAAAUUCAAUAACAAAGAAAUAUUAUGUUUCUUAAUUGCUUCAUUUACCUCUAGUAUUUCAUUCAAAUUUUUCAAAUUCAUUUCCCAUGUCUAUAAUUUUCAAAUACCCUCUUAGAUAAAAAUGGACACCUUUGAAAAAAAAAUUGUAAAAAGCACAUGGAAUGCAUCAAUAUUGAAUCUUUCAACAACUUCCCGAUGCUCAUUCAUUAGUUCCAAUACCAUUGGAAGCUAGAAAGAAAAAAGAAAAACUCAAUUCACUUCCCAAGUUUUUCAAAUUUUCUGAUGAACACUGUAUAUGUAUAGUGACAAAAUUAUAAAGAUACCAAUUUUUCUGUUUGGACACCGUUUUCUACCAC